AUGGAUUCAGAAUCAGAAAAAAAACCGCUCUCUCCUGCAGCAGUAAAGAGAUUAACAGAAGUGGCUAAGUAUUUUUCUGAAUUAGCUUUCUUAAUUAGUUCCAUAGACUGUUUUUCGUUAUGUGAGCAUCAUUACAAUCAGAUUGUUGCUAAAAACUCUUUUAUUAAUCAAUUAAAAAAAGCAGGUGAACAAGAUUCUGUAAAUUCAGAUGAAUCUGUGAAAAAAAGAUUAAAGCUCUCCAAUGUUGAUGAAUUGCAACUUGAUUCAUCCAUGAAAACUUUUGCUGAUUUUGGUGUUCAAGUUAAUUUAUUAGAAAAAACGUUUGUCGAUUUUGGGUUACAGGUAUCUCUGCCGGAUCCAAAGUAUAAGAUGCUUUUAAAAAUAAUAGAGGAAUUAGAAAAUCUUAAUAGGCAAUUAUUAUCUGAAAACAAGACAUUGAGAAAAAGGUUAGAUGAAUAA